AUGGCGGCAUCUCUAGCUGUGACUGUUUACAGUGGACCAGAUAACAUCCGUCUGAACUCGAGUUCGAGAGUCGUACUCUCCAGUGGUGGGUCCGCUCAGGCUGUCCAAUGUUCCGCGGAUUGCAACCCGCCAUGCUCCUACUUCUGGCAUAAAGGAUCAGCUACUGGGCCAGUGGUCUUUAGACAGCGAGUCCUGCAAGCAGAGAUUAUUCAAGAGCAACUUCCAGGGAGUCAGGUAUAUACAUGUGUGGCGAUUAAUCGUAAGAAACCCAUCCAUAAUAAACAAACUAUUCUGAUAGAGAUUAUAGGCAUUACUGAUAUAACCAUUGCUUCCAGGCCAGACAAGAUCAAUGUAUCAUUAACGCCACCAAUAAUCACACUACAAAGCACGACGAUUCAGUCAACGACCACAACAACAGUGUCUACUAUCAUGACAACGCUUACAACCACAACGCCUACAACCACAAUGUUGACCAGUACGACUGAAGAACCUACACUAGAGGAAUCAGAUAUACAAACAACGGUGGGGGUUGGUGUCAUUGUAGGCACUGUCCUCGGGCUGAUUGUGCUCGUUGUAAUGGCCAUCUUUGUAGUUGUAAUCAUUUAUAAAAGAGGCCAAGCACGGAACUCCCGGAUAUUAUCUUAUGCUCCGGGCAAUCCCAUAUACAUCAAUAAUCUAGAGACAGUCAAUAAUCCAGACACUGUGGGAGUGACACCGAACCUCCAAGGAACCCUUUUGAUCAGAAAUAAUGAGUACAUGGACAAUUCUCAAGGUUCUGGUGACCCAUAUGGUGUCCGAAGCCCUACAUACGUGAAUACCACACAACCUCCUUUGUACACUUCUUUAGACAAAGAACAGCUCAAAGAGCAAAUUUCGAACACGUAUGAACCAUUGGAUGUCUCUCAAACAGUAACUCCUCAAUAUCAUCUAUAUACAUGUACUCAACUGGAAAGCCAGCAAAAACAAGGAUCUUCAGAAGUCCAGAGUAACCCUGGUCUUCCAGGCAGUCCGGUCUAUAUGAAUACCGGAACUGGGUCGACUUUACUUGGAAACAAUUCAGAUUCAAUAAAAAUUGAUGCUAAUGAUGCAUCUGAAGAACCAGUCAGUUUGGAAUACAUGAAUUUGAACGUGCCCAAAAAAUAA